AUGGACUCCAACGUAGUAGCUCCACCCCCCGAAAAAUUGUCAUCGUCUGGAUUCAGUUCUAGAAAUACCCUCUUGUUUAAAGCAUAUUCGCAUAGCGCGUUCCUGGUGCCCUACUGCGUGAUGCUGGUGCUGGGGGGCCAUCCCGCUCUUCUUCAUGGAGUUGGCGCUCGGACAGUACAACCGGAAGGGCGCCAUCACCUGCUGGGGCCGCCUCGUGCCGCUCUCAAAGGCGUAGGGUUCCAAGUGGUCUGCAUCGCCUUCUACGUCGACUUCUUCUACAACGUGAUCCUGGCCUGGAGUCUUCGCUUCUUCUUUGCCUCCUUCACCACGGAGCUUCCCUGGACCAACUGCAACAACGAAUGGAACACACGCAACUGCAGGGAGAUCGGCAGUAGUUACAAUGACACGGACGACUUCGACUCGGACGACCCGAGCCAGGACGCCAACAGGACCACCACGCCCGCCGAGGAGUACUGGAAGCGCGAGGUGCUGCAAAUCCAGCACAGCGGCGGCAUCCAGGACCUCGGCAUCAUCAAGUGGGACCUGGCACUGUGCCUCCUGGCCGUCUACCUGAUCUGCUACUUCUCCCUGUGGAAAGGCAUCUCCACUUCGGGCAAGCCCGAGAGCUCUCCAAGAAGCCUUUACAAGCAAGCCUUACAAAAGCUUAGAGUGAGCUCCAAGCAAACAAGAAAAUGCUCUUUAAAAGGGACAUUUUUUAGCAUAAAGGCAACGCUUGUGUACAAAUAUUUGAACACGAGAUGUAACUGUACUGCACCACUAGAUAAAAUUCAGUCAUGCUCUCUUAAUCUUCAGCCUGUUAUGUCAAGCAAGAUGCAAGCUCAUAUGACCCGCCUUCCAGGAAUACCAGCCCCGUGUAAGACUUCGCAAGACCGCUAUGGAGACUUCCCGCAGAGAGACCACGAGAGCAUUACCUUCGUCGGAUAUCUCGCUGCGUUGGACUUGAAGAACCGUGAUCUGCACUUCGACAUUAGAUGA